GGAUGAGGCUAGAGAAGGUCAGGGCCAAAUCCAACAGGCCAUCAGGUACCAGGUGAGAAAUGGACCUGCCUCGCAGGCAGUGGGGAAGCUGCUUGGUGCAGGGUGGGCUGAUGGGCACAGACAGAGGAUGGGGGCAGUGACGUUGCUGGUGGAGACCUAGAACAGUGGGUGGGGCUGAAUGAAGGCCAUGGCAGGGCGAUAGGCUUAGGAGUGGCCCAGGCAGGCCUUGGAACUGGUUGUAGAGAGGAAGAGGUGGCAACUUGGGGGCAAGACGAGUGAAGGUCGAGGGGUUUGGAGUUAGAGCGUCAGGGAGCUCAUAGUUCCCUGCAGAGGUGGGAUACAGAAGCAGACUGGUGUUCAGGACACACAAGGAUGGAGGUGGUCAGUGAGAAGCCAGGGGCUGUGCUCCAAGAACAGGGAGCAGGUGUACUGCAGACUCCAGAGCUGCUUGGACUCGGGGGCUGGACCAGGAGCCAGGUUGGGAAACCUCUCUGGGCCUGAGGCACCUCAGCAGUUGAAGGAAGGGGUUGGACCUGCCAGCAGAUCUGCUGUCUUAGAAGCAACGGAGUUUCCCAAGUGCAGACCCCCAGCUCAGCCUCAGGUUCUGAUCCCACAGGUCUGGGUGGGGCCCAGUGUUUGUGGUUCAACCCAGCAUCAUUUGGGUUAAGCUUCUGCAGUGAGCCAGGUCAGCCCCACAUUAAGAGCCAACAGGAACCAAAGACAGGGUCCCCCACUCAGCCACAGGCUGUUAAGAUUCUCCAGGACACUGUCUCAUUGCAUUUAUUCACUCAACAAAUCUUUAUUGAGCACCCACUAGAUGUCAAGUACUGGAGAUCCCAUAGUCCCUCUGGAAACUUAUACUUGAGGAGCAUGUCCCAGCCCUUGCCGCCAAACUUGCCUUCUGCCCAGGCUCUGGGGUGAUGGCAGGGCUUGUGGAGGCCCUGAGCCAGGCUGUUCAGCGCUAUGGGGAGCUAAGUGGGAAGUUCCUCAGAAUGCGUCCCCCCGUGGGAUCUCGGGGCUGGCCAAGCUGAGUGACCGCUCUGGGCUCUCCGGCCGGCAGGACCUUCCUGGAAUGACUGAGCUGUUGGAGGGAGAGACGGUGGAGGUGGCCGGUGGUGGUAGCAGGAGGCUGACUGGGAAUGGGUGGGGCUCUGGGGGAUGAGGAUUCAGUGAAUGACUUUUGCUGAUGGCCUACUGUGUGCCAGACCUUGGAGACAUUAUGUAUGUGCCUUACCUCACAGAUGAGGAAACAGGCCCACAGAGAUUAGUGACGUGUCCACCUAGCAAGAGGCAAGGUAGGGAUUUGAACUGAGAGCUGACUCCAAAGGUCUAUGCCCACCUUGGGCAGUGGCACUAGAACAGAUGUGAUUUGGCACCUGCUGACCUACAUUGUCAGUAAAAUCCAACGAAAAACCUCAUUGUGGAGGUUUCUGGCCUAGUCAGGAGCUGGUGCCGACGCUCAGCCCUGGAACUAAUGCCCUUUGUGAGGUGGCCCUGGAAGUUGGCAGCGGUUCCGUCCUGCUGGGGGAGGGGCAGCAGAAGCCGGAUCGGGACCUGCGCAGAUGGCUCUGUUCUCCAGGGCCCCGCUGAGCCUCUGCCUCCUCUCCCUCCUCCUGGCAGCUGCACUCCUCCACCCCCAGCCGCUGAGGCCUCAGCGAUCCGUUCCCGAGGAUUUUUCAGCCCCCUUGGAACUCUCACAGCCUCUGUCUGACCUGUUGGAUGACUAUGGGAUCCAACCCAAGCACCCAAGGCGACGAGGGCCUCGACCCCUCCUCUCCCGGGCCCAGCAGCGCAAGCGGGACGGACCAGACAUGGCUGAGUAUUACUUCGACACACGCCUGUGA